UUUACCCAACCUCGGUCGGCGCCAGCCCCCUGUAUUCAGAAUAUUUUCUCUCCCCCCUCUCCUCUUUCUCUGUAGUAGUACUAAUAGUAUACUAUUUGUAGCAGAGGAGUAGCAGUGAUACAAAUCUCCAAAGUUUCAAUUCAUCUCGGUGCUCUGGUGAAAGAAAGCAGAGGGGCCGACAGAAGCCCGUCUGAGAAAAGUUUUUUAAGUGUGGAAGAGGGGAGAGACAGAGAAAGCAGAGAGAGAGGGAGGGAGGGAGGGAGGGAGGAAAAAAAUAAACCCUCACUUUUGAGGAAUUGGGAUUCGAGCCAAUCCGAGUUCAGCUACCUUUUCCUCCAACGAGAAAGGAAGGGAACAAUUUAUUGAAGUCUGGCAGUAAUAAGUGUAGAUUGUAGAAGAGAGGAGAGGGUGGUAGGCUCUUUGAAUUAAAGUACCAAGAUAUCUUUCUUUGCUUUUUUUGUUUCUUUUGGUUCCUUUUGGUUCCUUUUGGUUCUCCUCUAGACUUGAAAGAACUUGACUUGCUCAAGAGGAAGCAUAGCUCUUGCCAUGGUCUUCCCUUGACCUUGCUAAAGAGAAAAAUCACUACUUGUAUUGAUGGUUCACUAUAUCGCUGUUCUCACCCUCCCUCCCUCUCUCUCUCUCUCUCCCCCCCCCAUCCUGAUCUCUUGUGAAUCCAUCGAAGGGAGGUCUUCUAUAUCUUUUAGGCCGUGAUCAAUCCUAGAGCUUUUGUAUGAUGGCCCAUGAAUCCCACUAUGCUGGAUUCUCUUCUGCGGGCCACCCGGCGAUGCAAAGCUUCGAGUCCAACCAGGAGCUCUUUGGCCUCCAAGGUGGGAUGGAGAUGUUGGGAGCCACCUCCAAGCAUCAAACCUCCAACCUAUGGAGAGGCUUCAUGCCCCGAGACUUCCCCGAGGCAUCGAGCAAGAACCUUAUGGUCACGACCGAGAUGGUGGCGUCGGCAAGCCCCUGGCAGGUGGACGACUCCUCGCUGAGGUCUCUCUUUCCCUGUGAAGAGACCGAGCAGUCCAACAGGGGCCUGUCACUGUCCCUCUUCAACCCGAAGAACUCCGACGCCAUUGGAGUGCCUCAGGCCUGUUAUCAGAGUGAUUCCAGGGAUGUGUUGCUCUCGAGAGCAGCAAGUUCUCAUCAACAGCAGGUGUUCAUGCAGGAAGGGAGGGGUUUUAAUCCGCAGCAGCCCUUUCAGUUGAAGAAUUCCAAGUAUUUGGGCCCAGCUAAGGAGCUUCUGAAUGAGUUCUGCAACCUUGGAGCAGAGAUCAGCUCAAAGAAGAGGUCCCAAAAGGCAAGCCAAUGGGAAGAAGGUGGUCCUUCUUCCUCUUCUUCUUCAUGGAAUCGGAAUCAACCCCUAAAUUCUAUGGACCUCUUGGAGCUCCAAAGGAGGAAAGCUAAACUGCUUGCCAUGCUAGAAGAGGUGGAUAGGAGGUACAGAAAAUACUGCGACCAGAUGAGGGCGGUGGUGUCGUCGUUUGAGGCCGUGGCCAGGGAAGGAGCCGCCACAGUGUAUUCGACGCUGGCGUCCAAGGCCAUGUCGAGGCACUUCCGGUGCCUGAGGGAUGGGAUCGUGGGUCAGAUACGAGCCACGAGAAAGGCGAUCGGAGAGAAGGAUACGGUUGCACCAGGGACGACGAGGGGUGAGACGCCACGGCUCAAGCUGGUCGACCAGUGUAUACGGCAGCAGAAAGCAUUUCAGCAGGCAGGGAUGCUCGAUGGCCACCCAUGGCGCCCCCAGAGAGGCCUCCCCGAACGCUCUGUUUCCAUUCUUCGAGCUUGGCUCUUCGAGCAUUUCCUUCACCCGUACCCCAACGAUGUCGACAAACAUAUCUUAGCCCGGCAAACUGGACUCUCGAGAAGCCAGGUCUCCAAUUGGUUCAUAAAUGCAAGGGUGAGGCUUUGGAAGCCAAUGGUUGAGGACAUGUACUUGGAAGAGGUGAAAGAGCAAAACAGUCAGUCCUCCAACGCAACAACUACUGGACAGCAAGACAAUACCAACCGUAAGCCUAACCCUGACCCUGUGCUUGAUCAGAAGCCAGCACCAGUGCAGCUCCUCAAUGAUUCAGACUCGCUCUCAUCAAUCAUCAACAGCAGCCACCAAAGCGAUCCAAAAAAUACGGCAAAUGCCAGAGCUUCCCAACAUCACACUCAGCAGCAUCAGGUUCCGAGGGCAGAGAGCUUCGGUGUUGCCAGCUUGGACUUCCCCUACGGCAGUUGUGGCAGUCAAAACUUGGGAGGUGGCGUGUCCUUAACUUUGGGCCUUCAGCAGCACAGCGGGGGAGGCAUGAGCUUAUCAUUCUCGCCUGCCUCUCAACACUCUCUCCUCUUCUCUAGAGAGCAUAUAGACGACGACGGCCAACAGGUCCAGUUCACCAUCUUAGAUGGGGAGGCACAGACCCUUCCUUAUAGGAACAUGAUGGGGGCUCAGUUGCUGCAUGACUUGGCAGGAUAGAGGAUAAAUAAACAAGGCAUGAAAUCUGCAAGGCUAGAAUAGAAACAUACUGACUCAAGCAGAUAUAUUAUACUUUUUUGUAUAUUGUUUUGGCCAGUAGGAUAAAUAAUUUUGUGCUUUAUUGGUUCUCCCUCGUAUUAUAUUUGUAUCCUAUAUAAUGGGGACAUACGUUAUGCAAUUGGAGAAGAAGACUGUGUCACCAUCAGGUGCAACUAUAUAAUUAUACAUGUUCAACUUUGCUAGAGCAAAGAUAUA